CAGUACUGUACGUGAUACUUCCUUAUAUAUGUACACAACAUAUAUUCCAACCCUGGCCUCCAUCCACUUCUCUUUUUAACUUUGAAUGAUGUCCAUCAUAUCUUGUUUAUUCGUCUUCCUCUUGUGUCUUUCCAUGCAUGCCGGCAAUGCUCGCACUCUUGGAGUGGUGGAUAAGGCUUCCAGCUUAGAGUUCAUUGUUUCUCAUAAGAAGGUUAAGCUUGAGGUGGAAUCAAUCCAAAGAGGAAAAACAAGUGGAGACAACUCAAAGGCUCUGUCCAAGGAUCUGAAAUACGUCAGAGGGGGAACUCCAGUGAAGCCUCUCGUUUCAGUUUCUAGGCGCAUGCCCCUCAAGAACCACGACGAACAUCCCGGCUUUUACUCGGACUAUUCUCGGCCGAGAACUCGCCCUCCCUCUCAUAACUGAAGUUUCUCUUGCUGAAUUAAAAAUGUCUUCAUACUAUGCAUGUGCAUAGUGUUAGUACUAUAUAAUAUUUUUCAAUCAACUUCGCAUGAAAGCAUUAAAACAAAAUAAAUAAUAAUAAUAUUUACAAAACA